GACGAUCUUGGAGUAUAAAUAGCAGAUGAAUCGAUGGAUCAUUAAUAUUGUAAAGUAAGCAUUAAAGAUGAGAAGUAUAACGUUAAUAGCCGUUUUCGUUUUGGCGGCAGUAGCCGUCCAAAGUACCGAUGCCUUCUCUCUUAGAUGGAACUUGUUCGGUAAACAUAAAGAGGUGCAGGCUGACCCUACCAACCCACCUCCACCGACAGGCUCCCCACCACCACCACCAAGUGGUUCACCUCCACCACCACCAACUGGAUCUCAACCACCACCACCAUCUGGCGGCCCAAAGGUAGAAGCUGAUUCUUCCAGCCCACCACCACCACCAACUGGAUCACCUCCACCACCACCACCAUCUGGCGGCCCAAAGGUAGAAGCUGAUUCUUCCAGCCCACCACCACCACCAACUGGAUCACCUCCACCACCACCAACUGGUUCUCAACCACCACCACCAUCUGGCGGCCCAAGAGUAGAAGCUGACUCUUCUAGCCCACCACCACCACCAACUGGAUCACCUCCAAUACCACCAACUGGUUCUCAACCACCCCCACCAUCUGGCGGCCCAAAGGUAGAAGCUGAUUCUUCCAGCCCACCACCACCACCAACUGGAUCACCUCCACCACCACCACCAUCUGGCGGCCCAAAGGUAGAAGCUGACUCUUCUAGCCCACCACCACCACCAACUGGAUCACCUCCACCACCACCACCAUCUGGCAGCCCAAGAGUAGAAGCUGAUUCUUCUAGUCCACCACCACCACCAACUGGAUCACCUCCACCACCACCAACUGGUUCUCAACCACCCCCACCAUCUGGUGGCCCAAGGGUAGAAGCUGAUUCUUCUAGCCCACCACCACCACCAACUGGAUCACCUCCACCACCACCAACUGGUUCUCAACCACCCCCACCAUCUGGCGGCCCAAGAGUAGAUGCUGACUCUUCUAGCCCACCACCACCACCCACUGGAUCACCUCCACCACCACCACCAUCUGGCAGCCCAAGAGUAGAAGCUGAUUCUUCUAGCCCACCACCACCACCAACUGGUUCACCUCCACCACCACCAACUGGUUCUCAACCACCCCCACCAUCUGGCGGCCCAAGAGUAGAAGCUGAUUCUUCUAGCCCACCACCACCACCAACUGGAUCACCUCCACCACCACCAACUGGUUCUCAACCACCACCACCACCAAGAAACUAAUGAUCUUUUAGUAAAAUAGUCAAUAAAUAGUUCAAUUAAUCAA